AUGGGAGCUUCUUAUAGCUAUCCAAGAGCAAAGAGAGAGGUCUCCGUGACCAACAGUAGACUCUCACAAAAACAAACAAACGGCCUAUCUGUUCUGGGAGCCUUGUCUGCUCCAUUGCUCCCUUCUUUCCUUACCAACAAUCCAACCCCCAAUGGCUAUCCCUGGAGCACUCUCAACGCUAGCACCAACUACUAUGACACGAGUCCCAACACAGGCGUUAUAAGGCCUUAUGAAUUUACCAUCAGUCGUGGUGUCAUUGCUCCGGACGGAUAUCAGCGAAAUGUCCUCCUCGUCAAUGGUGCUUUCCCCGGCCCAUUGAUCGAGGCGAACUGGGGAGACAUUAUUCAAGUCACUAUGCACAACAACAUCACCGGGCCAGACGAGGGCACCGCACUGCAUUGGCACGGGUUUCUUCAGCAAGGAACACCGUGGGAAGAUGGAGUGCCCGCUGUGUCGCAGUGUCCUGUGCCCCCGGGGAGCAGCUUCACGUAUCAGUUCAAGGCAAGUCUAUAUGGCACCACUUGGUACCACUCGCACUUUUCUUCUCAAUAUGCGGGUGGUCUUGCGGGUCCGAUGGUUAUUCAUGGACCGAAAUCACAAAAAUACGAUGUUGAUAUUGGCCCUAUUAUGUUGUCUGACUGGUAUCAUGAUGACUACUACGACCUGGUAAAGAAAACAAUGAGCAAUGUGACAGGGGCCAACUUAUUCCCGUCCGACAACAACUUGAUCAACGGCAAGAUGUACUUUGACUGCUCCAAGGUCACAGAUGGUACACCUUGUACCAAUGAUGCUGGUAUUGCAAAAUUCCGCUUUAAGCGAGGCAAGACCCAUCUCCUUCGUCUCAUCAAUAGUGGAGCUGAAGGUCUCCAGCGCUUCUCCAUUGACGGCCACAAGAUGACUGUCAUCGCAAACGACUUUGUCGACGUCAAGCCCUAUGAGACCGAAGUUGUUACGCUUGGGAUUGGCCAACGCAGCGAUGUCCUCGUUAAAGCAGACGGUAAACUUGACGCUUACUGGAUGCGUAGCAACAUUAGCACCAAAUGCUCCAUCACCAGCCAGCCCAAUGCCCUUGCUGCCAUCUACUAUGAUAAUGCAGACACGAACAAGGCUCCAAAGUCUGCUCCAUGGGAUGCUCCUGAUCCGGGAACAUGUGUAAACGACGACUUGUCGUUGACGGAACCUGUCAUGAGGCUCCCUGUCCCUGAGCCGGCCGUGACGCAUGAUAUAGAACUGAAGGUGUCUAAAAACGCGACAGGUCACACUUUAUGGACGCUAGAUGGCGAGUCUUUUAGGGGAAAUUUCAACAGCCCGACGCUGCUGCUGAGCAAUCUGGGGAAUCUUACGUUUCAGCAGCAGUGGAGCGUGAGAAACACCGGCAGUGCAAGCAGUGUUAGAAUAAACCUCAUGAACAACUCUCCCGCUAGCCACCCCAUGCACCUUCACGGCUUCAACAUGUACAUCCUUCACGAAGGCCCUGGCGAAUGGGACGGCAAGACAAUCGUCCGGCCAUCCAAUCCCCAGCGCCGAGAUGUCUUCUUGAUCCGCGCAGGAGGCCACGCCGUAAUGCAGUUUGAUGCCGCGGAGAAUCCAGGCGUGUGGCCAUUCCACUGUCACAUCGCGUGGCAUUCUUCAGCAGGGUUGUUGACGCAGUUUCUCACGAACCCAGACGAAGUGAAAAACCUUGCAAUUCCUAAUGUGGUGGCAGAGACUUGCAGGCAGUGGGGAAGGUGGACGAAUACGAAUAUUCCGGACCAGAUUGAUAGUGGCUUGUGA